UUCCUUCAUCCUCUGUUUGUUAAAAGGUGUAGAGUACAAAGCAAAGUUCGCCGUCGUCCAUCGGCUUACACUGAUAAGCCGCCGCCGCCGGAAAAAGUCGUUCCGCUUCGUUGUCUGAACAGGACUUAACAGGACAAAAUUCGCAAGCACGUUUUUCGUUAUUCCAGAAAAUAUAAUAUAUAGACGAAUUCAUUAUAUGCCAAAAUGAAAAUUAAAAUUCCGUUGGUGCCGCAAUGGAAUAUCAAAAAUGGUUGUGUUUGUACUCCCGAUGGGGGAUUUCUCUAUGUAGGUUCCCGCAGCAUUAACUACAUAAGUUCCAUCAAAGAUGAGCAAGAUACGCCCCAAAUAAAAGUGUUCCAUACCCGGCAAAAUAUUCAAAUGAUCGAUAUAGAUCAUCAUUGGGGCGAAACUGAACAGGGUGGUGAGACUAAUGAGCCUGCAUCGAAAUUUUUUGUGGUUUUAUUUCAAGACAACUCUGUACAGAUAUGGGAUUUCAACAAAGGCUAUGCUCUACAGGGUCACCAAGCUCAUUUGGCAUGUAUGCGCUAUAUGGAAGGCAAUGGUCCCUCGCCUCAAUAUGCUGGAGAAGUAUUUGUCAGUUAUAUGAUUAAUCGAAAUGUGUUGUCUAUGGACAGCAAGGAUAUAGUGGUGUACUGUGUUGCUUCGAAUAGCUUCUGCAGGAGACCGAUGUUUAUAUCGCCUCGUCAUCAUCAACUCACAUCCAUGAAAUGUUCUCCAUACCAUGAAAAUCAUUUUGCUGUGGGCACAAGUCGUGGUUUGGUGUUACUCUGUGAUUUGCAAAAAAUGGUCACACUAUAUACCUUACGUGGUCAUAAUAGUGCCAUUGCGUCUUUAGCAUGGAAUAGGGUUUUGCCAUCGGAUGCAGUUCAAAUUGAGGACGAGGCUAAGCCGGAGAGGCCGUUGUCCAAAUUUGCAAAAUUAACAAGAACCGAUACUACUAUUGUCGAUGCUGAUGACAUUUUUGAUAUAUAUGACUACGAUUAUUUAGAUAAUGAGUUUGGAGCCACUCCUCAAGAGCCCAAGACAAAGUCCGAUUCCAUAUCAGAAUUUGUUGGUAUUGAAAAAACACAGGACACGUCGGGGACUGCGGCAGAGUUUGAUUUCGCUGAAGCGUGUCAAAGCCUAAAGGAGGAAAUAAAUGCCUUAAGAGAUGAAAAACCAGAACUCUCACCAGAACAUAUAGUUUCUCUUGAAGAUUGCAAAAACUCAAAUAUACGCUGUGAUUCAUCUUCAUGUGGCAGUGAAACUGAUCACGAAGAACAACCUUCAGGGAGGAAAUCUUCUGAGGACAGCCUGGUACGUUUAGUGUGCGGAACACCAUCAUCUGAAGAAAGUGUCGAUGUGGAUGGAAUGGAUCGUGUGGCAAAACAGAGUCUGGUGUGUCAAGCAGAUGUCCAUGCUGCAUUAUUAUCUGAGUCCUCAACGACUACGUGUAAUAGGGAAAAUGAACAGAAACUUACGGUGGGGGUAGGUGAAGUGAAGAGUACAACAGAUCACCUAAGUGCAGACUAUCUUCUGGCAUCAUUAAGUGCAGAUGGAAAUUUAUACAUUUGGAAUGCAUCAACCGGGGCAACAUGUGACCACCACAAGCUCCGGGGUUCAAACGGAAAUAAAAAUAAGAAACAUACAAGUGUUGAGAUAUCUUGGCUAAAUUCGACAUCUUUUAUAACAUCCAAUAAGUCGGGCGAACUUCAGCUAUGGACGAUUGAAGCACAGACUGGUAAAAAAUGUACCACAGGCGAGAAUUCUUUAAAGCGGUAUAAGUUCAAAGAAGUCAAACGACCUUGGCAGCAAUGCACGAUUGUUGCCUUCUCUGCUUGCAGAUCCAGGCAGUAUUUGUGGUGUGUUUCAUCCAAUAGGGAAAUCACAAUGGAAAAUAUGUCUCUUAACAAAAUACAAUUGCAAUAUGGUUGUGUCUCUACGAAUAUAGGUGCCUUGCGCGAAUGUCCGGAUGAUAUGAAUAAAAUAGCCUUGGCAUUUUCCGAUCGUCGAAUUGGAAUUAUAGAUAUUUCCAAAAUAGCUCCAAAUCACAUACACAUAGACAAUUUUGUACAACGAAUCGAAUCACCUGUAACUUCGCUUAUUUGGAGUCCGGACUGUAAAAAAAUCGCAUAUGGAACGCAAGAGGGCAGAAUUGGUAUUAUAUCAGUUGAGGCCGGACAUAAACAAUCACCAUUCGCUUUCAAUUCAGUUUGUGGUAAAACCAUAUACUCCAUAAGCUGGGAAGAUAAAUAUUUGUUUGUGGUGUGCAACGAUCGCAUCGCAGUUUACGAAGACAAUCCAAAUAAGAAAGAUGCAUACAUAAUACCAGACAUUACUCAGGUAUCGGCCUUAUCAGUGAAAAAUCGUUUUCUCUUUGUCGGAACUCAAAAUGGUCGAUUACGACUGUAUGAACUAAAAUCUAAGGAAACUCCAAACUUCGAAUAUGAAUUGAGAAAGGAACUUGAAUUAUCUUCACGCUAUGUAACAGAAAUAGUUUGGAGCCCAAUUACUAGAAACAAGUUUGCAGUAACAACCAAUUCCAACGUUAUUCAUAUCCUAGAGUUCAAGGAAGAAAACACAUGUCUGUCAGUAUUCCGUAAGAUAGAAAUACAAUCGCCAAAAGCUGCAAACUCCUGUGUGAAGUGGAGCAAUCGAAAUGAGAAUUUAUUACUAACUUGUGGCUUUGAUGGUGCAAUACGUGUUUGGGAUUUGAAAAAAGAAAGUUCAGAUGAACGUUUCCUCAAAUUGUACCACUGCCCAAUGAAAUGCGGUCUAUUUUUACCAACUGACGAAGAGGUCGUAAUGUGUGCAGGCAUGAGUACAUCAUUGGAAUUCAUAGAUAUGCGCACAGAAAAACCAGAUGUAAAUUCCACCAAAACGAAGCGUACUCGCACUCUGGACAAUGUUCAGUGGGCAACCAAAACCCCAUCAAGGAACGAAGGCAAACCGCUACAAGGCGACAAAAAGUCGAAUAAAGCUAUAGACCUGAAGAGUCCACUGGAAUCCAGUAACUGUAAUCGGUGUCCCGAUGGAUCAAACGGAGCAAAAACAAACUGCGAUGAAGUUUCAAAAAUGUUUGAAGAACUAGACAUCCGGAAGAAUAUUUCAACUGUGGGAACAUCAGUCUAUAUGAAGAUUCCUUCGACCCUGUUGUACCUCACAUCUAAGGAAUUAAAUAAGGAAGCUUUGGAAAUUAUGUUUAAUAUUCUAAAUGAUUCGGCUCUGGGAAAGACAAUGGAAAACAAGUCAUUGUGUGCCAAAUUGUUUGGUUCCAAAACUGAAGCAAUGCAGCUGCUGUCAGAGGAACUUAAGAACCACCAGAACAGUGAAACCAAAGGAAUAUCUAACCUCUACAUGCCGCAGGUUAACGGUACUUUAAAGGAUGAAAUUCUUAAAUGUGUUCAGAAUAAACAGUUGUGCGAGUGGCAUGUUUCGCUGGCGCCCAGCAUUUCAUAUAAUUUUUGGCAAAAAUGUUGCCAGGCCUAUGCCGAACAACUAGUGGAGCAGGGCUAUGUACUUCAAGCUGUGGUUUAUAUGAUGGCCAUUCAUCAGGAACGCGAUGCCAUAGAAGUCCUUGUGGAAAAGUCAUAUUUUAAGGAAGCGUUGUUGAUAUCUCGCAUUUACUUACAGCCAGACGACCCCUUGAAUGACAAAAUAAGUGAACAAUGGAUUACACAUCUUUAUAAAAACGGAAAUUUACAUGGAGCAGCUCUCUUGUGUUUGCUGAGCAAACAAAACGAUCGUGCUUGCGAGUGUUUGACCAAAAUUCGAAAUAUUGGCGCAGAAGUUGAACGAGUUAUUCGCUUGUUGAAAAAUUUGGAGAAAUAAUUUAUUUAAUUGGCAACAAUAGCCUAAAGUUUUAAAAAUUGAAUUCAAUAUAAGUUUAAACACUACCAAUUUAAUUUUUAUUUUUAUAAAAUAGAACCCGAAGGAAUAAAAUUCAAAAUGAAUGAUAAAUAAAUGAAUUGUGAGAAA